AUGAAAACCCUGCCUUCACUCCAGAAAAGGCUCCCUGGCUGCCAGGGGAAGCUCCUCAGAUGUGGAACAGGGAGUGAACCUGGGGGAAACCUGAGCAAAAUGGCACCAGAGCUCAUCUGCCUCUUCCUGUGCACUCUGAGUGCUCCAAGUCUCUCAGGAGGAGAUGCUUUGUUGCCAGCACCUCAGAGUAUCUCCAUUCUUUCAACCAACAUGAAACACUUCUUAACUUGGAGUCCUGUGAUUGUCCAGGGAGAAACUGUGAGAUACUCCGUUGAGUUUCAAGGGGAAUAUGAGCGGGAAUACGCCAACGGGAGCUGGAUCCCCAUCUCGGAGUGCUCCCUCACCACAGCCACCAUCUGCAACCUGACCGAGGACAUCUCAGCCUCCGUGGCCUACAAGCUGCGUGUCAGGGCAGAGCUCGGUGCCACCAGGUCACAGUGGGGCACCACCAAAGGCUUCUUCAACCGCGCCAUGACAUCCCUCACCCCACCCCAGCUGAGGGCCGUGGCGGAUGGGCACCAUUUGCUGGUGGAGCUGGCGGACAUGGGGCCCUCCUUCCAGUUCCGGGUGCUCUACUGGAGGAAGGGCCAGGAGACCAGGGUGCAGCAGAAGGUGCUGAGGGAGGUGAGCUCCGUGGUUCACCUGGACACCAUGGAGGCAGGAGCUGAGUACUGUGUGAAGGCUCAGACUCACGUCCAGGCCAUCAACAGGAGCAGCAGCUUCAGCCCCACGCAGUGUGUGAGGGCUCAGGGUGACAAAUCCAUGUGGUUGGUUACUGCCCUCAUCGCCUCUGCUGGCUUUGCUGUGGCAGUUUUGACCCUGCCUCUCCUUGCCUGGAAAAUCAGUAAAAUCUUCCAACACUCCUGCUGCCCUGCUGCUGUCCUGCCAGACACACUGAAGGAAUCAGAGCCCCCCACCCAGCUGAUCCUGCGGGGCAGGGAAGAAGCUGAGCAAUGUGACCUGAUGGUGGUUGUGAUGCCCUCAGAAGAAGCUCUCCAGCUAUGGAUUCAAAAGGCCGGCCGCGCUGCAGUGGGCUCGGAGCGGCGCCGGGCACGGCGGUGGCAGCGGGUGGCAGCGGGUGGCAGCUGUCCCUGCCCGCUCCUGCCCAUCCUCCGGGAGCAGGGCACGGCGAGCCCGGCAGCCUGCAGGUGUCUCCCGGCGGAGGAGGCUGCGGAGCCCCUCGGGAGGAUGGUGUGCGGCGGCCGAGCAGACGCUCACUCGCCUGUGGGGCUCCUCGGCAGGCAGAGCCGCUCCGCUGCCCUCAGCGCGCUGAAGCUCCGCGGCUGCGAGGGACCGGCCCCGCUGCCGCGCCGGCAGCUGCUGCUCUAA